AUGGCGGCACCCCCCUGUCCGCCCCCGGCCGUGCCGCGGCUGCGGAUCUUCACCGUCAACGAUGUGUACUCAGAGGGCCCCAACGGGCGUGGGCUCGGCGGAUGGGCCCAGCUCGCAUCGCUGCUGGAGGAGGAGCGGGCGCGGGCGGCGAAUGAGGGCAUUCCGUCGCUCUUUGUGGUCUGCGGCGACUUUCUGGGCGGAUCGGCGCUCGGGGAGGCCUUUGAGGGCCGGCACGUGGUGGAGAUGCUCGAGGUGCUUGCGCCGGACAUGGUGGUGGUGGGCAACCACGAGUUCGACUUUGGCGACGAGGUCCUCUCGCGCUACAUGCAGGCCUCGUCGUAUCCGUGGCUCGGCACCAACGUCUUUGUCCGCUCCGCAGGCUCGUCUGCGACGCCUGCCGACUGGCGCGAGCUCGAUCUCAUGCCGGGCGCCGCCCGCUGGCACGUUGUCGACGUCAACCCGCCGCCCGCCGCAGGCUCCGACGCCGCUGGUGUCAAGGUCGGCUUCAUCGGCCUCUGCACUCCAGCCACCCCGAACCUCUCGUUCCCCUCGGAAGACAUCGUCUUUGGCCAGCCCGUUGACGUGGCUGCCGCUGCCGUCGCGGAGCUCGCUCCCUCGGUCGACGCCGUCUUUGCCCUCACCCAUCUGCGCGAGGCCGGCGACCGUGCCCUCGCCCAGGGCGUGCCAGCCAUCAAGCUCCUCCUCGGCGGCCACGACCAUGCACCUAUGGUCUCGUAUGAGGAAGAGACACUGCUGGUCAAGACCGGCAUGGACAACCAUUACCUGGGCAUCAUUGACGUGGUCUUCCAUCCGCACCACGACGGCGCCGUCAACGUCGUCGCCUCGCCUACUCUCCUUGCCAACCACUCGCGCGUUCCGCACCCGGACAUCACCGCCGUCCUUGCCAAGUUUAAGGCCGAGCAGGCAGCUCGCAUCGCUGCAAACGGUGGCAACGAGGUCCUCUUCUCCGUCCCCGACGGCUGCGUCCUCGACACCCGCUCCGAAGUCAUCCGCCGUCGUGAGGCUCCGAUCUGCAACCUCAUCGCCGACUGCAUGCAUGCCUACUUUGCUGGCAAGGGUGCCGUCGGCGGCAUCAUCAAUGGCGGCUUUGUCCGCGGUAACAAGACAUACCCCGGGCCGUGCGACAUCACCGCUGGCGACCUGCAGUAUGAGCUGCCGUUCCCCAAGACCAUCUCGCUCAUCGAACUCACGCCCGCCAUCUUCAAGGCAGCGCUCGAGCAGAUGCUCAUCAAUGCUCCCGACGCUGCGGGCUCAUUCCCGCACCUCUCCUCGUCGCUGGCCAUGGAGUUUGACGCCAGCCUCCCCGUCGGCGAGCGCGUGCUCGCCAUCAAGCUCGGCUCGGUCCCGCUCGACCUCUCCGAAGACAACACCGACACCAUCCGUAUCACCAUCACGUCGUUCAUGGCCGUCGGCGGUGACUCGGUCGACUCGUGGCUGCGCGGCACCAUUGUCGAGGAUCUUGGCGACGACGGUCCGCAUAUCUCUGCCCUCUUCAUCGACUAUUUGCGCAAGGUCGGCUCGCAUCUUGGCCCUGACGCCUUUGUCCCCGCUGGUCGGGUCACACAAGUCGGCGUGCCUGCCGACGCCAACGAGUAA